UUUUUUUAAAUGCAACCAUGCCAGACCUUAUUAGCAUUUUGAAAAGAGAUUUUUUUCCUAUUUUAUUAUAUCAACAUUCUCAAAAUCCGAUGAAAAAUACCCCAACAACAACAACUUAGGUUGUGUCCUAUUUAUUGUGUUACCCGAUAUUCAUAAAAUAUUAAAUUAUUAAGUUUCUCAUUAUGGGAUAUUUUAAACAUCAGUUUUACAAUUUUUUCAUAUCUUAUAUCCAUAAAAUAUUAAAUUUGAUAAUAUAAUCUUACAGCUGGAAAUGUCUCACAAUAUUGCAGACAACUGCAAGCUAAUUUGGGAAGCCCAAUCCGCCAUCCCCAUUCAUAUGGUAUUAAUAAGGAGAAGGAUGGUGGGAGAGGCACUUCCCACACCCUUUUUAAUGGCGGUGUGGGGUGUGGAGUUUGAGGCGGCUGUAGUCAGAGGAACUCUACAUAUUACCAUCCUGAAUGCUCUACCUCCAGGCUCCAACUGA